UUCACCAUCUCCCGCAAACUUCCUCUCAACUUCCGCCGGUCCCGGCGCACACUGAUGAUGUCAGCAGACCUGGGCAUGGUUACCAUGGUGAUUACGUCUCACCUUCCUUCCGGGCCCAGGAGAACGUCACGGCGACGACAAUAGUAAUGGCGGCGAAUAGGAAGAAUGUGCUGUCCUCUCUGGCCGUGUAUGCCGGGGACUCGGAGCCGGAGCCGGAUAGUGAAGGGGAGGUGGACGAGGAAAAUGGUGGGCUGGUGUCCAGGUCAUAUGGACAGGAAAACUUGUCCCGGUUGGAAGAAGAUGGAUCCAACAAAGAGGAUGAUGAGUCAAGCCAACAUUCUGAAGAGAACGAUUCAGAGAAUGAGAAUCAGGAUACUGAUGAAACCAAGGAACAGUCGGAGUUGGAGAAAAAAGAUCCCCAGGAGUUGGUGGCUUCCUUCUCAGAGAGGGUACGAAACAUGUCUCCAGAUGACAUCAGAAUUCCUCCAGAACCACCCGGCCGCUGUUCUAAUAAUCUGCAGGAAAAAAUUCACAAAUUAUAUGAACGAAAGCUGAAAGAAGGGACAGACAUGAAUCAAAUCAUCCAGAAGAAAAAGGAAUUCCGAAAUCCUAGUAUUUAUGAAAAACUCAUCCAGUUCUGUUCCAUUGAUGAACUCGGCACCAAUUACCCUAAGGAUAUGUUUGAUCCUCAUGGGUGGUCGGAAGAUUCCUAUUACGAGGCUCUUGCAAAAGCUCAGAAGAUUGAAAUGGACAAACUAGAAAAAGCAAAAAAAGAACGAACAAAGAUUGAGUUUGUGACUGGAACGAAGAAAGGUACAACCACCAGCGCACCAACUGGGACAACCAGCACCACAACUACAGCUACAGCAGAUGCACAGAAAAGGAAAAGCAAAUGGGACUCUGCAAUACCUUUGACCACCAUUUCCCAGCCCACUAUUCUCACCACUACUGCCACAUUGCCUUCUGUUGUCACAGUAACCACCAGUGCAAGUGGCUCAAAAACGACUGUCAUCUCUGCUGUUGGUACUAUUGUCAAGAAGGCCAAACAGUGAUGGCAGAAGCUGGAUUCCAUGGUGAUAGACUUUCCCGACUCACAGCUGCUCAAUAUUCACAAAACAAAGUUUAUAGGAUGUGAAUUGCUGUGCCAGCAGAUCUAGAAGAUUUACAGCAACAUGGUAAGAGGAAAUGAAUAGAAAGACUCUGUUCCCUUCACUGAAGCCGGGAUCUUCAGUUUUCAAUUCAGUGAACAAAUUGUGAGUUAAACUGAUAUACAUUUUGAAUUAACAGAGCUCUCUACGUAUAGACGUUUGUGUUUGUUUUUUUAAUUCACUAUUAAACAGUUUUUUAUUUAAACUUC